GGUUUUGGAAAUUUUAUUGUUUGGAAGAAUAGAAUGUCGAGAAAUAGUUAUUUUAAUAAAAUUAAAACAUAUAACCGACUUACCCUCUCUCUCUGCUCAAUUCGCCCAUAAGCACCUUUAAGUGGAUGGUCGCGUCAAUCACCCUUAAAAUUCUCCCUUCCUCUGCCAAUGGGGCUCGCUCCUCGUCCUCCUGGAUUUUCGCGGGCCGCAUCCUCUUCACUUUGUCCAAAAGGGCUAACAAACCCUUACGGUAUCCAGGACCACUUUCAUUAACUUCACACAUUUUUUUUUUUUCACUAUUUUUUUUCCUCUUUCUUCACUUGAAUUCACUCCCGACUCGCACGCGUCUGUUGUUGGGGAAAAGGGGAAGAAAAAAAAAAAACCACAAAGAAAAGGGAAAGAAAAAGAGAAGAAAACUUUAAUGAACUGUAACGGGUUGUUGGGUAAUUAAGAGCUGCCAGGAAACUGACUGCGGGGACCUGAGUCUGGACCGCGGAGACUGCUACACGUGCAGCUCCUUGGUCCUUAUCAGUGCAACCUGAUACUCCACAUCCGAUUCUCUGGCACCAACGUCCAGACAAAGAAUCAGCAUAAAUAGUAUAUGAAAGAAAUCUUAUAAUUCUCAUUUCUUUUUUUUUUUUUCAUGCGAUCCAUUAAUAUUAUUAUUUAAUUAUCAUAAGCCCGAUUUCGUUCUCAUCGCUUAUAGUUUUUGGGGACAAAAACGGGAACAUUCACGGUGGUUUGUCACGGUGGUACCUAAAAAUUUAAUUUUUUUUUGUGUUGUGUUGAAAUUUAUUUCUCGUAAAUUUUAAUACAAUACUUCGACAAUAAAAUUCAAUCGUCAGCAUAAUGCGAUGAGAACGGACUCGGGCCUUGUUCUUGGAAUGUUAUGUGUGCACAUAUUAUUAUUAUAACUAUUUAGAAUAAAAAUGUAAAUCGCAAAUGGAUAUAUGUGCAUGUACUCUAAUAUAAUUUCAAAUUUCUACGGGCAUUUAUAAUUAAAUAUAACCUUAAAAGGUGAAAAUCAUUAUAUAUAUGAAAUAUAAUCGACAAUCUUUGAAUUUAAUGUUGCAAAUGUUGCGAAUGCGUUAACGAACAUUGCGGCAACGCUCCGAAUGCGUUGGACGUUGCGGCAAUGUUCCCAAACAAAAAUUGUAGAAGUUAGUAAAUGGGAAUGUUGCGAAUGUGUUAGUGAACAUUGCGGUAGCGUUCUAAGCGCAUUAAACAUUGCGGCAAUGUUCUCCACUUAAAAUUGAAGGAAGUAGCGAAUGGUAAUGUUGCGAAUGUUGCGAGUGCGUUAACGAACAUUGCGGCAGCACCCUGAAUGCAUUGGACGCUGCGGCAAUGUUCAUAAUUUAAAAUUUAACGGAAUUAUUGAUUGCAAAUGAUAACAAUGGAUACCUUGUUUUGUAAGCCACGAUAUUAUCACUUGCGGGUCUAAAAUGAGUAUGGAUAAGUACAGGAGCCACAUUAGAAAUUGGACUUCUCGCGAAAAAAAAAAAGGGAUAUAAUAAUAAUAAUUCAAAUAAAUCUACGCGAUGAGCUUUUCCUUGAACGUAAUUCUUCAGCUUCCAUCCUUUCUUACUCUACCCCCCCAUUCUUUUUUUUUAACGUAUCCUGGGCCUAACAAUCCUACAUGCUCAUGACAAUACAACAUCAAAGUUGUAAUUGUUGCAAAAAAAAAAAGGAAGGGUAAAAAUACCAAAAAUCAAAUCAUUUUCCAACAAGGAAAAUUCAUAAAAUAAAUCCAAAAGACAACAAGUCUUUUCAAUAAUAAUUAUGCUUGAUUUUAUCAAGUGCAUAUUAUUAUAUUUGGCUAUACCAUUAAAAGAAAAUAAAAACUCAGCAUUAUUGGCAUGGUAACAGGCCCAGAGCUCACGCCUUGUUCACGUGUUAAAAACCCUUAGUCCACAAAAUUUUCCCACCUGAAGUCUCUAAACGUUCAUAUAAAAGUGCAUCGCGGAAGUCAAUUAAUCGCAGUACAACUCUCAUUCGCGAGUCAGCUCUGAAAUUUUUCAGAGGCAUAAAAACGAUUUUUGAGACGCCGGGACUAAGCCCGUCCGUGAGUCGGUUUUUCAAUUUUUGCAAUCCACUACAUAGAUAGUGAUUAAAAUUGAACGGACGAAAAUUUAAAGUGAAUACUUCACGCCGACGAAGUCCAACGGAAGUCGCGUUUAAUAAAAAUCCAAUAAUUUGAAUAAAAUUAAAUUAUUGAAUUUUUGUCUUUUGACCGGCCAGUCCGCACGUGUGGUGCCUGCGCUGUUUAAAUUCGAUGGACCCGUGAGUGCAUUUUCGUGCGCUACCCAUUGACAUUUUCGCGCUUUCAUAAGUGUGCAUAUUUUUCCGCCCGUCGGAUAGCAGCUCGACGCCUCGCCCUCGUUAGCUUGCGACGGUAGAAUAAGCAGUAUCUCUUUUGCAAUGCAAUCGUACAUUCAACAACAACAAUAUCAGUAUCAACAACAGCAACAAAUUAUACGAAAUAUGCAAAGACAACAACAAUUAAAACAACAACAGCAAGUAUCGAAGAUGACAUCCUCCAGCAGAACUCCUGCAAGACACGCUGUAAUUGAUAUAUCGUCCCCAAACGGUCAAGAAGAAUAAAAAAAAAAGAAAAAUAUCGUUAAUAUAGUUUGUUCGUAUUAAUUAUGUCAAGUGAUAAUCUUUUCGUUUUUCGUUUGUUCUGUUCUUUUUUUUUUUUAGAUUUUUAGAUUAAAAAAAAAAAUUUUUAUUUAUUUUUGGUAUUUUGAAAUAAUAAUCAUAUCUCCAUGUUUAUGUAUAGUUUUUAAGUGUAGAGAAAAUAAUGGAGAUAUAAUACUUGUUUUGAUUGACAAGAUUUUUGUUAUGAUAGAAAAAUUUCAAUACACAAACUUUUCAAGGUAAUAUAACAA